UCUUUCCUUCCUCUCCUCUCCUCUACCUUUGUACUAUCUCCAAAACUAAACUUCAUCGUUUCCUUUCCUUUCCUCCAAAACAAUCAUCAAAGAGAGAAGAGAAAGCAUAUGAAAGAUGCUGGGUCUGAGUGUAGUCUUAGAGGCACAGAAAAGAAGCAGUGUUAGCAACAACAAGACUCCACAAGUGAUUAACAAAACAACCAUGCUUAGCACAAUCAACAAACACUCUCCUUCAUCAUCCAUCCAUAACAUCUCUCCUUUUCAGGAACCAACGUUCCUAGACCAUUGCUUUCUCUGCAACAAGAGACUCUUGCCAGGGAAAGACAUCUACAUGUACAAAGGGGACAGGGCGUUCUGCAGCGUGGAGUGCAGGUGCAAGCAGAUUUUCAUGGAUGAGGAAGAGAGUGUUGAGAAUGAGAAGUGUUAUGUGGCUGCAAUGAGGCCCACAGCGUCUGGUUCUCGUCAUGGUCAGAAAGGAGCAACAAAUUGACACGCUGGUUUUGCUUUGCUUACUCAUGAAUAUUAAUAUGAAUAUUAUACAUGAAGAAGAACUAGGUUAGAGAGAAAAGAAAGAAUGAUAGUGGUUGACCAAAAAUGGGGGACAAAUUUUUGUUUUGUUUUUUAGCUAUGUUCCAGUUUUACCCAUGCUUCCUCUUAUGUUGUAAUAACUUCGAACUAUUUUGUCCUUUUGUUUCCUAGUAUCAAGCCAAAAUGUCCUUUUGAACUUUUAUUUUA